AAAGUCCACAAGUUGCCUUCUCCAGUCUCCACUUUGUUCUUCACUGUCAUUCACACCAAAUCCACCAAAUCCACACGAUAUCGGGUUUAGUGCAUUGCAGGGAACUGUGACGCAAUAUUAAAUAUCCUAUGACGUCAUUUUUAUCGAAACUUGUUAUCGGAAAGUGGAUACAAUUUAUUAAGGCUUAACAACAUGGCGGUGUGUGUGAGGAGCAGAGUUAUUGGACUGUGUAGGACGCUUAAGAUAUCAUAUUGUACGUUUAAUGGUCUUAAAAGAACUAUUGACAGGAAAUGUUGGAAGAACAAUGCUUUGUUUUCUACUCACCAGCCUCCAAGAUCAUUCCAUUGGACCGCAGUGAAGCAGCAUGGUGACUAUGAAUGGCAGGAUCCCAAAUCUGAGGAUGAGGUAGUCAAUGUCACGUUUAUCAACCGAGAUGGCAGCCGCGUCCCUGUCCGAGGGAAGAUCGGGGACAACCUCAUGUACCUGUCGCACAGAUACGGCAUAGAGCUGGAAGGAGCGUGCGAGGCGAGCCUGGCGUGCUCCACGUGUCACGUGUACGUGCACCCCGACUACACGGAUCGGCUGCCGGAGCCGGUCGAGGAGGAGGAGGACAUGCUGGAUAUGGCCGUCUUCCUCAAGGACAACUCCCGACUCGGCUGUCAGAUCAUCCUAACCAAAGACCUGGAUGGAGCAGAGUUCACCCUACCGGCAGCCACCCGCAACUUCUACGUGGACGGUCACGUGCCUACUCCUCACUGACUGGCGCUGGAGCUUCAGAGGCAGGUCACCUCCUUGUUCACCCGGUCAGACUGUAGAAACGCAGCUCUUCAUGGGAACGCCACCGCCGCCCCGCCGCUGGCCGGUGUUUUUGGGGCCCGGUGGGGCGGUGGUGGUGAUAUAGUGAUCAGGUGGGGUAGGGGUGAUGUGUGCUCAACGGGUGGCGGGAUCGGGACGGGUGGGAUCCGCUGUGGGGGCUGGUGGGGCGGGGGUGUCUGAUAGAGGCUGAGUUGGGAUAUCUGCUGCACGGCCUUGUCAGCUGAUUCUGGUUGGUUGCUGCGUUGUGUUUCGUGAAAGUGUGUUACAGCUUGGCAUAACCAAAUGGUGAACUUUUUCGAUCCACUUUUCGCAGCUUAAGGGUACUGAUUUGUGGAUACCUUCAAGCCCCUCCUCCCCUGCUUUAACAUUGUUUGGCCUGACCAUUUUCUAAUAUGUAAUGGGCGCCGAUGACCACCUCAGUCCGGGCGCCCUAAAUCCCCAUAUCAUCAUCUUCAAAGGGAGCUAAUAUCGUCAUUCUUUGUGUUUCGGAGAUAACCAGCGCAUCUUUAUCUGAACUUUGUAUUAUUCAUUAUUGACUAAAUAGUUAUUUCACCAUACUUUAAACCAUGCUCGCCUUACCCGUAAAGUUGGUGCGCUAUUUCAACGCCCGCGCCAGCUUGGUCUUCAUUGCUAGACUGUUGAAUGUGUACUGCCACGAGUGAAUCAUUUAUCGACAGCAGAGCCUGAGUGGUGAUAGCGUUGUUCCAUUGGCCAGUCCCUGACCUGGUGUAUGCGAACAGUUGGUUAUAGAGCAGCGUUGUUAGCUGUCCCCAAUGUAUCGUGAUGACGCGUUGAAAUGAGAUCUGGGUACUUAGAUCGUCAUGUGAAAUGUGAGUGAUGUUGAAUAGCGCUGACCAGUGUAGUAUUAUGAAGGCUGGAACACGGAAUGUUCCUGAUGCCAUUUAACUGGCUUUCAAUUUUCUACUGAGCUGUUGAACGCUUACAGGCGUUUGUUGUGACGUAAUGAAGAUAUAUCCAUGAAACAAA